AUGUCCACCGUUCGUGCUGAUAAUCAACAAGUAAUCAAGCAAGAGGAAAGGCAAAAAGAGAAAUUUAUAAAACAAUACAAAGAGGUUGGAAUUGUUGUGGUGGGUGUUGUAUCGCUUAUUGUUGCAGUACUGAAUGGCUUAAACUCGAACAUUUAUUCCAGAGAGAAAAAAGUUGAAACUGUUAGUCCGAUUGUUGAUAAUGUUGCUAGAUUGAAUCAGAGUUUCUACUCUUCCCAAAUCCAAAGCAAUCCUUUUAUUGUUACAAAUGAAUUCUCUGAUUUAUUCACCAACACAUUGAAAUCAAUGCAACGUUGUGAGUUGAGUAUGAGAGGAUUUUAUGGAGAGAGUGGGAUUGGAAAAACAACAAUGCUGAAGGAGAGUUUGAGAUUACUUGAACCAUUUCCUUACUUGUUGGUAAGUCUCUCCAAAACAACAACAAUUAAGGAGUUGGCCAAGCUCAUGAAUUUAGUUGUUGAUGAUGAAGCAAGGUGGUCAGAUAUCCAACUAGCAAUUAAUCAGUUCAUUGCCUUGGCUCAUCAGAAUCAGAAAGGCCAAUGUCCAAUUUUAAUCAUUGAUAAUGCAAAUAGAAACAGGAAAAUAACUGAACAAUUUAUUGACAUGGUUAGAGAAAACACAGAACGCCAAGUCGGGUUGCUAAUAGUCAUUUCUGAUGGUUAUUAUACUGGUCUAGAUACAGCAGGCGGCAGAUUGUGGACAACAGAACUUUUAGAACCCUCGCAUGAAUUUGGAGUAAAGUAUCUUAACAAGCUGAAUCUCACAAAUAAUGAUACCAUAACAAGAGUUUUAGAUAUUACUGGAACAAAGGCUGUCUAUUUGGGCUAUGCUCGCUACUGUCUCAAAUCUAAUGGUGGGCGAAUGGACUUUCGUUGUUUAGAAACAAUUAUUGAUCAGUUAAUUACACGAACAAUCGCUUUAUUACCCAACAAAAUUAGAGAAAUAAUUAUGACGAAAGCUGCUGAGCUAAUCAAAGACCCUAAUGGUAAUCACACGUUACCCCAAUAUAUUACAGAGGAAACAGAGAAAAUGAUUUACAGAUCAAACAUAUUAAGGCAGGGUAGUGCAUUCAAGUCUGUUGUAAUAUUUCAAAAUAAGACUGUCAAAAGGUACUUUGAAAAAAUAUUUAAAUAA